AUGCUCGAAAACGGCAAAAGUGAGGCCUCAACAGGUUCCCUUUGUGUGUCCAGUAGCAGCGGGAUUGAAAAGAAGAGAAAAGAGCCUCCGACAUCGAAUGAUGAAGAAGAGGUUGUGGAGUAUUCAAAAUCGGCCAACAACGAUGAUUCUGAUGAGCUCUUCUUGAGAAAGAAGAUGAAAUUUGAAAAUCAAGUCUUUGAAGAGCCCUUGCCCGAAACUGCCUCUGUCGGAGAGGUUUUGAAACAAUGGCACGUAAAGAAAGCCAAGCAAGUUUUCAAGGAUUUAUUGAUGGAACAGAACUUUCAAAAUGGUUCCUCUACGGCCCUUCCUCAUGAGGAGCUUCUUAAUGACCUGAUCAAAAACAGAGAAGAAAUUGAAAGCUUAUCCUUGUUCAUGCUCGAACAAACAGUUAUCAAAUGCCAAGUCCAUUCAGUUCAAUUUAUUCGCGAUUUAUUGGAAAAGAAUCAAGAAGAGUUAACAAGGGAAGAAGACAACAAAUACCAAGUUGAAUUGUUGUUGGGAGACACAACUCGUAGUUCGCAAAUGAGUGAUAGCGAUAUUUUGAAGCAUUGGCUCAAAUAUGUGCUUCCAAAAGUUGUUUCCAAGCAGAAUGAAUUGAAUUUGGUAGAGGCAAACAAUGAAAUCCCCUCAGAGCAUACCAAAAACGACGAAGUACAAGAUUUGUAUGAAGAAUUCGACAGAGUAUCUGGAACGGAUAUGCUUGCUUUGAAUAUCGAUGAAACCUAUCUCCUUCAGGACGGAGGAACUUUACAACUUAAUGAAGAUGAACUAGAUGAGAAUGAAGUUGAGAGCUCUCGAUGUGAAGUUGUGCCUGAAUUAAGCUACACUCCAAAAGGAAACUUCCCCAUACGAUUCAACAGCGAGUCCAACAAGUUUGUUUUCACAGAAAGCUCGAAUGAGAACGACCAAGACAGUUGUAUUCAUUGCACAUAUUUAUUUGAUGAGAUGUUGCCUGACGAACAAGAUGCCAAAUACAUUGAAAUUCCAUUGAUUGACUUGAAGAGCACGGACAACCCAUUUGCUUAUUUAUUGAAGAGGGUUAUGACCAUGUUUGAACGAAACACUGUUCCUCAAGAACAUCAAACUUUGGAAGUUUCCAGAAUUCGCUUGGCGACUUCUCUCUUGCUUUUGAAAUGCAUUAACACAGAGCUUGUAUACUUGAGAAAUAGAACUGUUUCCUCCGCAUUCGGCAUCAUGAGUAGACCUCUUAUUAGAAUGGUAAUUGAUGCUUUUAUUGACGACAGAAACUGCAAUUAUUUUCAAAUGGACGACGAACAGCAGGCAUUUAUUGUAGGAACAGAUGAAGAUGUUAAACAAGAUAUUCAACUCCAAUGUGCAGACAGUCAGCUAUCAGAAGAAACUUCAGUAAGUGAGUACGAAGAAACUGACGAAGACCAUGAAGACGGUGAUGGAGAAACUAAUUGCUUGCAUGACCCUUCUCAUACCACAAGCGAGUCCACUGAAAACACUGAAGAGACAGUAGAAAAUGCAGAUGAUGUUUCGGAUCACUAUUCCACUUGUUCGUCUUCUGAUUGCGACGUUGAGGAAAUUACUGGCUUUAAUAAGUAUAAUCAUCCCAUGUGGCAUAACAAUAUGCCACAGUCCAAGUAUAUUGAGCUUUGCUCAUUUAACAAGAGCAUUAGCAACCCUGUACCAAUAAGUUUGACAUCAACACACGAGUUUCUUUCAUCAGAAUAUUUAGAUGGCGAUGAAAUGAUCAAGGAGCCUUUGGUUGAACAAGAAAGAGUUACAUUUUACAUUGAGGAUGAUUACAAUGCUGAAGAUAUGCUUCAAAGUGUAUCUCACGUAUUUGAGCCCACAUUACAACCAAACCAUCAAGCUCCUGAAAGCAAUUCAUUGGUUCCUGACAUGCUCCGAUUAAUGAGACGAGCUGGAGUGAAAUCUGAGCACGAGGGGGCCAUCAUGGAGGGCUUUUUUUCUCUGAAAGAAUUUAUUUCUAGACAUAUUGAGUACUUAAUUGCUACAAAAACUGAUGACGUUGUGACUAUGGAAGAUGUUUUGAGUGCUUCGAAGACUAUUUGGAAAACUGUUCAUGCUCCCAUGUCGCACGACUAUGUUAUCAAUGACAGACCACGAUAUAAAGAAUGUACCAUUCCACUCGAGUAUUCAACUAAACCAGAAUAUCCUCCAGCUAAACUCGAACUGAUCGAGUUUGAGGAUACGUUACUACAAUCCACUUUGCAAUAUUUCCAUGAUGAUGAGAUGGAGGAUCCUACGCCUAUUACUAUCUACGAUAAGCAUGCCAACAAUGGCAAAAUGGCAGAUUAUAUUGCCUUCUUCUUGGAUGAAAUUAAGGAAAAUCAACCUAAAGCAUAUUAUUGUGACAGUUUUAUUUGCUCUGGCGAUGGCAGAAAACUAGGAAUUUAUACACCGAUCGUAAAGUGUCGGUGUCCUUCAUUGUAUAGUCGAUAUUUUGACACACAUGAAAAGAGAAAACAAGGACUCGAUAUUGCCAAAAUUGAGGAAGAGCUUCCAAUCAGACAUCCACCAUUUGAAUUUGAUUUAAUCUUUGAGUGGAUGGAAUAUGUAUAUAGAGGUUAUAUUCCUGAGAGUGGUGAUGAUGAACACUACAGACAUGAUGAUUAUUUGAACAAUGGCAAAUUCUAUUUCUUGAUCACACAAAUUGAUGAUUAUUUUCCAUUGACGAUCGAGGAAGAUGAAAACUGGUCCUCAUCACAACUCGGUAAAGAUAAGGAGUUCAAAUUAGAUCGCUAUGAUCCGAAAAACACGUGUUACACAUUGCACAAACUUUUUCAAGAUGAGGAAUCUAAAGAUUUCAAAAUUUAUAUUUUAAAGGAUGAAAACAAACUUGAGUGCUCCUUGCAUAAAUAUGUGUUAGCUUCGAGAUCUGAAUUUUUCAGAAAGAUAUUCGAAAAUGAAAAUUCAUUGGAAGAAUAUGAUGUGUCUGCGAUUUUUGCAGACGAAAAGUCAAUGAAAAGCUUUACAUUCUACAUUUAUCACAACUUUUUAGAAAAACCAAGUUGCCCCUUUGAAAUGAUCAGCGAACAACAUGAACUCGAAGAUGACGCUAUUGACGAUGAGAUGGAGGAAGAUUGUGAAAGCCCAAUUCAUGAAAAAAGUUACACAAAUGAGGCUGACGCAAAAAUUAUCGGUGUAGAAAUCUCUACGACGGAGAGAUCUGGAAACUCUGAGUUGAAAUCCAUUGACAAAAGCGAGGAUCAAUCUAUUUCUGAAGAGUCGUAUUCGCUGGGCGGUGUCUUUAACUUAUACAAAGCGGCUGAUCAUUUAGGUACUAUCGAACUGUGUCAACUUUGUGAAUACUUGGUUGGCCAGCAGACAACCAUGGAGAAUGCUCUAGAGAUUCUUGAUUUUGCUAUUGAAAAUGGAUCGAUUGAAGCAUUUAGUGCGGCAGAACUAUUUAUUCUAUCAUGCGGCAACCUAUCUUUCAUUUAUGAAAAUUUUAGUGGAGAAGAACUCAAUUACUUCAUUGAAUUACAGGGACCUAUUACCUUCGACAACGUUAUUCGAAAGCUGGAAUAUGUUAUGAAGAUUAUUAACUCAAAUUCAUCAUUAGAUCUUAAUGACGUUUACAAAGAGCGAUUGUCACAUUUUCACAAACCCAAGCUUGUUUGGUUUAUUGUAAGAAAUAUUUCUCAAAUUUCAAUGGAAUUCCUUCAAAAAUUGCAAGGCAUUCAAUACUCGUAUGUUGUGGAGAAAAGCUUGGAAGGAAAUGAUCAAACAUGUCAAAAGACAGUUACAACCAAUUUGUUGUCCAUUGUACAAUAUUUGGCAGAUAGAUAUGGAUACAUCUGCUAA